GACAGUUACCCUAGACACCUUUGUCACCGUGACCAGCAAGAAAGACGCUGGCAGCAGCAAUGGCGACAAGGGUACCGGCGGUGUGGUUACAGCCACCGACAGCACCCUACCCUCCACUGGACCUGCUUCGCGUGCGGCGGCUGCGGCGGCGGCCGUCAGCGGCAGCGUGGCUCGGAAGCGCUCUUCCGCCGCCACCGCCGCCUCCGGCAGCGCUGGGCGGACCGCCACCGCAGGAGGAGCUGCCCCGGACCCGCUGUUCACUGCCGCGCCCGCCGGCCGUCGUUCGUUACCGGCCGGGCUUGUAACUGCGGAAUUGCUCGGCCUGACCCCGUACACCGGCACCCAAGGAGGCGUUGAUGGUGGAGAUGAUGAAGACUUGGCGGAGGCUGACCCACGGGUCGUCCCUGCGACGACUGCUGGUGGUACGGCAGCACGGGCUCCUCGCCGGGCGCCGCCAGCGGUGGUGACGAGCGACCCAGUGGUUUUGGAGCUGCUGUCUGAGGCGGAGGCGGGGUCGCAUGCAGGGCUAGGGGAGCUUCUGCGGGAGCAUACGUUUGUGGGGGUGGCGGACGGCAGUCUGGCGCUGCUGCAGCACGGCACCCGGCUGUACCUGGUGGACGUGGGGCUGCUCAGUCGCGACAUGUGCUACCAGCUGGCGCUCAGGAGGUGGGAGCAGCCGCUGCGGCUGUCGCUGGAUCCGCCUCCGCUGGUUUCGGAGCUCGUAGCGUUGGGCCUGGAGCUGUUGGAGGUCAAGGGCGAGUGGCAGCCCGGCGACGGCUCCCCGGAGGAGCUGGGGCAGCUGGUUUCGGAGCUGCUGCAGCAGAACCGCCCCGAACUGGAGCGCCAAAUAGGCCUCGUGGUGGACCCGCAGGGUCGGUUGCUGGCUGUGCCCCAGCUGCUGGAGGGGCUGCACCCCGACCCCGCCCGACUGCCUGACCUGGUGCUGGCGCUGGCCAAGGACGUGGACUGGGAGGAGCCCAAGGAGCGCGCGAGGGCCAUUGCGGAGGCUCUGGCUGACAUGUAUGCGGCCCGACCGCCGCUCCUGCCAGAGGAUGACGAGGAUGAGGAGAAAGGGGAUGAGGAAGGCGACGGUGGUGGCCGACACGGCGCUAGUGCGGGCAUCAUGGUGAAGCAGGAGAUCAAGGAGGAGCCGCAGGAGGAGGGGGUGGGGGUGUUGACAGCGGGGGCACUGGGUGGGCGACGUGACGCACCAAAGGAGGGGUCCGACGCUUCACCUUCCUCCAGCGGGAGGGAUGGUGCUGGCCAAGAGGAUGCCAGCGAACGCUCUCCAGGCAGUCGCGGUGAAGGGAGAGAAGGAGGUGGAGAGGCAGUUGGAAGGAGUAGAGGGGAUGGACGAGCAGGAGGGAAAGGAAGAAGAGGAGAACGGGAACGUGUCCGGGAGCAGCUGCUGGCAGCUUACGAGUACCAGGUUAAGAACGUUGUACUGCCCGCCUUGCGCGGCUGCCUCAAGCCGCCCGUUGCUCGGGCCAGCGACGGCAGCUGCGUGCAGGUGGCCGCGUUGGAGCGGCUCUACCGCAUAUUCGAGCGCUGCUAGGUCACCUUUUGGUUUUGGCUUGCCUCACAUACCGUAGCAGGGAGAGUACCGAGAGCUUUGGCUUGCUGAAUGGAGGCGCACCUGCUAGGAGCUCCUGGGGUCCUAGCCUGCUAGGAGGCAAUCUGCUAGGAGGAUCGGGGCGCGGGCUGGGGAUAUAGGGGUGCUGCGUGGGGCGCUAGCGUUCGGGGGCCACUGGCGUUGCAUGAGUAGUGAUUGCUGGAGGGCUUUAGGGACGGGUUACGGGUUACAGAUCACUGCGUCGCCUGCGGCUGGGCUAUGCUGGAAAGGGGUCCGAAGGGAUGAUGGCUGUCUUGGCUGGGCGUUAGUUACCCUGUAGGUUGAGCGAUGCAGCGGGGGCCUUGUGGAGAUGGCAGCAGUGCCGUACGCUGGCCGCAAGCAUAAAACGUUAACAUACUGGGAGCCACAGUGUCAGCAGCAACAGUGCGGGACUAUCAUCUUCCAGGUGCUCACUCCUCUCCAGUUGAACCCCUUAAGCCCGUGCAACAGUGCAAGCUCUG